AUGGAUUCAGAAAUCGUAAAAGGUAAACCUCUUACAAAAGAAGAGUCAAAGUUUUUGCUUGACCUAAUAGAAGGUAGUAAAAUAAUUACCACCAAAACCACUAACGCCACCAACAACAAACUUAAAACUGAAGAGUGGAUUCGUUUGGCAGAGCGAUUCAAUGCCACAGCCACGAAUUUUCCAAGAACACCACAGCAGUUGCGUUUGAAGUGGGAAAAUUUAAAGAAGAACUCGCGCAAGCGCAGCACCAAAAUAAGGAUGAACCAAAUUAAGACUGGUGGUGGCCCUGCUGACUAUAUACCCCCAGAUGACAUAUUAGACCGGGUGACCAGUCUAUUAGGAAGUACAGUCAGUGGGUUUACUGUACCGUUUGGGGGUGACAAGGAAAUAGCUUGGUUUAAUGUUGGUGGUGGUGGUGAUGGUGAUGGUGAAGGUGGAACAAGUGAUAGUGAAAACUUAGGAAAUGUGAUGGUGCAGACACCACAAAUUUUACAGACUUUUACAGACUUAAAUGAAACCACAAUCUCAACACCAUUAUGUAAUGAAAAAGGUAUUGAGAAUGUGGUUGCUGAUUACCAAGUAUUAGAGGUGGUUGACCAAAAUUUGAUCACUCCGAAUAAAACCAAGAGGCUUACAUUUAGUACACCUAGAGCAGUGAAAAAGAAAUUGAAGAAAGAUGAGAACAGGACUGCGAGGAACUUAGCCAUAGCAGAAUAUUAUUCAGCCAAAAAACAAUGCUUAGAUGCCACAUUAAAUAAUAUUAAUUUAGAAAAUGAUAACUUAAAAUUAAAAAAUUUGGAGCUUAAUUUGAAUAACGAAAAACUUAAGUUAGAAACUGAGAAAUUAAAAUUAGAAUUAGAGAGGUUAAGAAAGCAGCAAUAA